UUGCCAUUCCCUCAGGGGACAAGUUAGUGUCGACCCAACUAUGAGCGACUUCAGGCGCAAUCCCAGAUAUUACCACGAACGGACCCAACCUGGCUGACAUCAUUGCGUCUGGUGAUAUAGAUAGAUCCGUAGUACCUCCUCCUUCCUCCUCACAUCCAUUUGGAGCCGCCUGUGUGUGUAGUCAGUGGCACUUAAUCACAGAGCGCAGCAAGGCAGGAGGCGGACCGUCGGGCGUGAACGAAAUAGUAACGGCGAACCGGAGAGGCGGCAGUGUGCGGGACAACGCGGGCAGAGGAGCUAUCCAGAGGACGUCUCCAGCUGCUGCUUUUAGUCCCCCUCCUCUCACUUUAUCCGUGCACCGGAUCGCGCCGUGCAGUUUUGCUCUCCGUCCCGACCCACCAAGUCUCGCUCUGCCGCCGGAGCUUCCGUGGAAAUGUCCAAAAAAAGAGCAGGCGAGCCGGAGUCCCGGGUGAAACACGGAGAUGCUCUGGGCACCGCGACUCGCCUCUCUCGUUUCUCCCUGGAGUCUGUAGAAUGAAGACGACUUAAAUAGAAAAGAAGAAGAAGAAGAAAAAGUCAAUAGCAGAGCGCAAAAGAUGUCGGUGCCUUUGCUGAAGAUCGGCGUCGUGCUGAGCACCAUGGCGAUGAUUACCAACUGGAUGUCGCAGACCCUCCCCUCUUUGGUGGGGCUCAACACCACCAGGCUCACGGCGGCGCAGGGAGGGUACCCAGACCGGAGCACAGGAGUGUUGCCAGCAAACCCAGAGGAGUCGUGGCAGGUGUACAGUUCAGCCCAGGAUAGCGAGGGAAGGUGUGUCUGCACUGUGGUGGCACCCCAGCAGUCCAUGUGCUCACGAGAUGCCCGUACCAAACAACUGAGACAGCUGCUGGAGAAGGUCCAGAACAUGACCCAGUCCAUCCAGGUGCUGGACCAGCGCACCCAGAGGGACCUGCAGUAUGUAGAGAAGAUGGAAGUUCAGCUUCGUGGUCUGGAGACCAAGUUUAGGCAGGUGGAGGAGAACCAUAAGCAGAACAUCGCCAAGCAAUACAAGGCCAUAAAAGCGAAAAUGGAGGAGCUUAGACCGUUGAUACCAGUGUUGGAGGAGUACAAAGCCGAUGCCAAAUUGGUAUUGCAGUUUAAGGAGGAGGUCCAGAAUCUGACGUCAGUUCUAAGCGAACUUCAGGAGGAGAUGGGGGCCUAUGACUACGAGGAGCUCCACAACAGAGUGUCAAAUCUUGAGGAGAGACUCCGAGCAUGCAUGCAAAAAUUAGCAUGCGGCAAACUGACGGGCAUCAGUGACCCCAUCACCAUCAAGACGUCCGGAUCCAGGUUUGGCUCCUGGAUGACUGACCCUCUGGCUCCUGAAGGAGAUACUCGGGUCUGGUACAUGGAUGGCUACCAUAACAACCGCUUCGUGCGGGAGUACAAGUCUAUGCAUGACUUCAUGACGUCAGACAACUUCACGUCCCACCGGCUCCCCCACCCGUGGUCAGGAACAGGUCAGGUAGUCUACAAUGGCUCCAUCUACUUCAACAAAUUCCAGAGCCACGUCAUCAUCAAGUUUGACUUCCGCACCUCCUCCAUCAGCAAGUCCCGGCAGCUUGACUACGCGGGCUUCAAUAAUGCGUAUCACUACGCCUGGGGGGGGCAUUCUGACAUUGACCUCAUGGUGGACGAGGGAGGACUGUGGGCUGUCUACGCCACCAAUCAGAAUGCCGGGAAUAUUGUUAUCAGCAAGCUGAACCCCAACACGUUGCAGAUCAUCAAGAGCUGGACCACCAACCACCCCAAACGGAGUGCCGGCGAGUCUUUUAUGAUCUGUGGCACGCUGUAUGUGACCAAUGGCUACUCGGGAGGCACCAAAGUCUACUAUGCCUACUCCACCAACUCCUCUACUUACGAGUACAUCGACAUUGCCUUCCAGAAUAAGUACUCGCAUAUCUCCAUGUUGGACUAUAACCCACGUGACCGUGCACUCUACGCUUGGAACAAUGGUCACCAGGUUCUCUACAACGUUACACUUUUCCAUGUCAUCCGCUCAGAGGAACUGUAACCAUGCACAUGGAUCGAACACCAUAAAUACAUAUUGUCUGUAAAGGAAAUCUCACUAUAUACAAAAAUAUAUCUGCUCCAAGAGACUCUAUGGGAAGACCAUUCUAUUUAUGAUAUCAAAGAAUUUCUGAAAGACUGUAUCAACAGUGAAUGCAAAGUAGAGUGAAUGUGCAUAUGAAAAAAUAUCUAAAACUGAAGGGUUUCAUUCCAAAAUGUGAUAAAUUGAUAAUAACAAACAAGAAAAAGAAGCCGUAUCCGUUAUUAUCGCAGAUGAUUGUGUCAAAAGCAAAACAUUUUUGUAAAUAAAAGGUCGCAACAUGACUUCUUAGUCUUAGUAGACUUUAUUUUAAUAGCUGCCAUCAUUUUGUUAAAGGGUCUUUUAUUUUGGAAUGAAACUCUUUAAUUGUUUGCCGUAUAGAAAAUGACUGUAAAAGUAGAUAUAAAUAUAUCAGAUUUAAAAGAAUAAGAACAGAUGCCAAAAAAAAAAAAUCAAAACAAAAAAACACACGCCUUUUUUUAUAUCAUGGAAUAUCAACCUAAGCUCAUUCCUGAGGCUCCAGUUCUUCUGCAGAAAUCCUCCCGGCUGAACUUUUCUUUUGGUCAUUGGGGGUCCUGAAACGAAGACUGUUAUAAUAAACUGUUGGAUCCCCGUGUCCCAUGGACAUAAUGUAAAAAAAAAACAAAAAAACGGGAGGUCACUCUAGUCAGAAGACUUGAUAGCCUAAUGGAUGCUGUGUGUCAUAUUCUUUUUAUUAAGUACCGUAGCAAAUCAGAAGUCUGUAGAGAAACAGAAAACAUCAAUAACAACAUCCACUAAAAGACCUGAAGGCACUGACUGUUGACAGCGCUGUUGUUUAAGAUGAUUUCCCUGUGUUGGUGACUAUGUGUGAAAAAGGCUUUCUUUGCAUGAGUGUUUUCUAUCACUCCGGUCUUCUGAAUGUCUUUUUUGCUGUAUGAUACUAUUAAAAAAGGUGGGCGGUAGGGUGGGUGGGGGAACAAGGUAGUAUGCCUUUGGGAUUUGGGGGUUUGCAGAGAUAUUUACCUUUUUCCUGCUUCCUUCGAUUUUGUUCUCAUUCUGUUUAUUUCAAUUUCUUUGCAAUCAUUUUUUUUUUAACGUUUUUGUAUCUGUAACUGUUGCCACCGGUUUUGCCUCUCUAUUUGUUUAUUUGGACUGCGUAGGAGGAAUCUAUCUAGCUCACAUCUCUCUGAAGUAAAAGAAAAAAAAAGAAACAACAGAAUGUAUCUAGUAUUGUAUACUGGAAACCAGGUCCCUCUAUUUUCGAUUCACAUCAUGUAGUCGGUUUUUUUUAGAGGAUAAAUCCUGUCUCAUGUCAUGUAUCCCCCCACUGCUAGUGAAGGAUAAUGCUGUUUAAAUGUAUACUCUUGCUGAGGACAAAAGCUUUUCACUCUUUUUGCGCUUUGCUGGACAUGUGUUGUAUCUGAGAUGAGAUAGUUAAUGAUUCGUGUCAAUAAAAUAGAGAAAUCUGA